CAGCUUAUAAGGAGCUAACAAAGAUAGCUUAGCAUUAUCUUGCCCAUAACAUUCACUUGAGCACUUGGCUUUUGUGACUCACAUCACUCUAGCCAAAUUAAUCGACCGAGUACUAAUCUUUAAUGGCCUCUUGGACUGCAAGGCAAAACAAGAAGUUCGAAGAGGCUUUGGCUUCAUAUGACAGGGACACUCCUGAUCGCUGGCAUAACAUUGCCAGGUGUGUAGGUGGAAAAUCAGCAGAGGAAGUGAGGAGGCAUUAUGAGCUGCUUGUGAAGGAUAUCAUGCAAAUUGAAAAUGGCCAAGUACCUUUACCCAAUUACAAAGCCGCUGAGAGCAAGAGCAGGCUUCUGAAGAACCUGAAGCUACAGUGAGAACAAGGUUGCAGCCAUGCUCAAUAACAUCACAAGUUCUCCAUUAUAUGCCUAAUGUAAAAGCAUAAAUUGUGAAUUCAUGUCUGAGUUUUUAAAGAAAGCAAAAUGUAAGACUAUUAUUGUCCAUCUGUAUCCAUCUGUCUUACUAUGUAAUGUUUCUCAAACGCAUAAUAUAUAGAUGUAAUGUCUACCUCACUUCUAUCUUA